AUGGCUUCAUUCUUCAGAUCAGCACCCAGAGCUCUGUCUCGCGCAUCAGCAUGUCAGCCCCUGGCCGCUCGUGCCAGAGCUGCACCUUUCAUGUACCGUGGUCUUGCCACAAGUCAGGAACAGCCUCGCAUUCGUCUUGGUUCUGUCGCCCCUGACUUCAGCGCAAAGACGACUGAUGUAAGCUCAUCUUGUAAUUACGUGUGGUCCAGGAAGAUACUGACAGCCUCANNGGGUGACAUCAAAUCUUUCCACGAGUGGAUUGGCGACAGCUGGGCUAUCCUGUUCAGCCACCCGGCCGACUACACGCCCGUAUGCACCACUGAGCUCGGUGCCUUUGCCAAGUUGAAGAGUGAGUUCGAUGCUCGCGGUGUCAAGAUGAUUGGCUUGAGCGCCAACGACCUCGGAUCGCACGAGGGUUGGAUUAAGGACAUUAACGAGAUCGCAAACACCAGCCUGCAAUUCCCCAUCAUCGCCGACCACGACCGCAAGGUAGCCUUCCUGUACGACAUGAUCAACGAGGAGGAUCUCCACAAAGCAGCCAUUGCCUUCACGAUCCGCUCGGUCUUUGUCAUUGACCCUUCAAAGAAGGUCCGUCUGACCAUGAUGUACCCUGCCAGCACCGGCAGAAACAGCGCCGAGGUUCUCAGAGUCAUCGACUCGCUCCAGACGGCCGACAAGAAGGGCAUCGCUACACCCAUCAACUGGCAGGUUGGUGAGGAUGUCAUUGUNCCCCCUUCGGUGUCGACCGAGGACGCAAAGAAGAAGUUCAAUAAUGUGCGCGAGCUCAAGCCUUAUCUUCGCUACGCCGAGAUCAAGUAG